AUGACUACAUCUUAUAGAGGCGAAACCGAUAAUUAUCGAUCACGGAUUGAUUCGAAUGCAAUUGAAUAUCGAAAAUUCUGUGAUGAAAUUGAAUCUAUAUUUACUACAGAUUUUCUUGAAAAAAAUCCGCUUGUCGAAUCCGAACAAUACGUUGCACUGAAAGAAGCAACAACUAUUCAAUUAGAUCCUGAUAAAGAAGAUCGUGUAAAAAAUGUAAUGCAUAAAUUAGCUGAACGUGUUCAUGCACGUCGUAUACAAUUAUUUCCAUUAUUUGAAGAUUUCGAUCGAGUUCGAAAUGGUCAUGUAACACAAAAUCAAUUUUUACGUGUAUUAAAUGAUCUUGCCUUAUUAACCUUAUUAAAUGGUUUUGAAAAAGAUAAUUUAUUAGAAAAAUUUCGUGUUCGUCUUGGUGGACGAGAUGAUAUUGAUUAUCUUACAUUUUGUCAUGAACUUAAUGCCUUAGCUGGUUUUGAAGCUGGUAUACCAUAA